AUGGAUUCUGUUAACAAGUGUGUCAUUGGGACGAAGAUCUUCGUCAGGGAUAAACAAAAGGUGUGGGUCUGCGCCGAAAUCAUAAAGGAAGAAACGGACCUGGUGGCCAAGACAGAGGAUGACGAGAUCGUUGUUCUGAAGGAGAAGGAUGAGUUCUACCUUAGAAAUUUGGAUGUAUUCGAUUCGAGUGGCGUUUCAGCCCCCGCGGACUUAACAAAUCUGACUCAUCUCCAUGAAGCAUCCAUUCUACACAGCCUGAAUGUGCGAUUUGAUAUUGAUGAAAUAUAUACUCUUACUGGACCGAUUCUAAUAGCUGUGAACCCAUUUAAGGUCAUUCCAGAUUUGUACUCUGACGAUAUGCUCGCUAAGCAUGUACAACCGAUUCAGUCAAAAAGCCCCCACAUUUUUUCCACGGCGAAUAGUGCCUACCUUGGGAUGUGUCAACAUAAUAAACCUCAAACGAUAUUAAUAAGUGGAGAGUCGGGUGCAGGCAAGACUGAGUCUACCAAGUACGUGAUGAAGUUUCUUGCUUGUGCAGGAUCAGACGUUAAAAAUAAAUCCCUUAUUGAAUGCCAAAUAUUAGAAAGUAACCCUUUGCUGGAGGCGUUUGGAAAUGCCAGGACGUUGAGGAAUGACAACUCGAGUCGAUUUGGCAAGUACAUUGAACUGCAGUUUUCUUUGGACCGCAGGGGGAGGGGUCAGUACUACACCAAGGGGAAAUUGUGCGGCGCCAAGAUUAGGACCUACCUUCUGGAAAAGGUGCGGGUUUGCUACCAGCAGGAGGGCGAGCGCAACUACCACAUUUUCUACCAGCUCUGCAGGGCCGCCAGGGAGGCGAUCAGCGAAGCGGCGGAGCAGGAAGCGGCCAAGGGGGAAAUAGAGGCGGACGCAGCGGGGGAAGCCGCAGACGAAGUGCACACCCCACGCGAGUACCGCUUCCCCGCCACGGAAAAGUACAGGGACCCCGAGAUGGGCGCAAAGCCGGUGCGCAUAGACCUGACUGGCUUCCAAACCCACGAGCACUUCCGGUACCUGACCAAGUCGAGCGUGCACGAGCUGAGCGACGUCAACGAGCUGGAGUUGUUCGAGACGACGGUGUACGCCAUGCAGACCAUAGGCAUAAGUGAACAAGAGCAGCAUCAAAUUUUCCGUGUGCUAGAAGGGAUCUUAUAUAUCGGCAACGUCCUAUUCAGUAAUGAUGAAAGUAAGGAAGAGUGUCACAUUAUGGAUGAUUCCCUUUCGGAUUUGCAUAAAGCUGCAUCUUUUUUAGAUGUAGAUGCAGAAGAAUUGAAAAAUGCUCUCUGUUACAGAACCAUUGUAGCAAAUAAUGAAUGUUAUAAAAAGCCAGUGAAUGCUGUCGUAUCGAAUGACGUGAGGGAUGCACUAGCAAGAGCCAUUUAUGGGUGUCUUUUUUUAAAGGUAGUUGAAAGAACAAAUGAAUCAGUAGGGUUUUUAGAAGACAUGAAUCUGCUCUUUUGUGGGGUUCUAGAUAUAUUUGGGUUCGAAUCUUUUGCAUUCAAUUCAUUUGAGCAAUUAUGUAUCAACUACACAAAUGAGUGCUUGCAGCAAUUUUUUAACAACUUCAUAUUUAAGUGUGAAGAAAAGUUAUACGUUGAUGAAGGAAUUGAAUGGGAUCCAUUAGACUUUCCGGACAAUGCAGAAUCGAUCCAUUUACUUGAAUCAAAACCAUAUGGUGUGUUUUGUAUGUUAGAUGAAGAAUGUUAUGUUCCAUCUGGCAAGGACAAAACCUUUUGUAGCAAAAUUAUUAGUAAGCACAGUUCUGCUGUCAGUAAUGGAAGGAAUAAAUUUAUGGCUGUGAAGACGGACCCGUCCUCAUUUGUUAUUGUUCAUUUUGCAGGAAAAGUUACUUAUAAUUCUUCAGGGUUUUUGGAAAAAAAUAAAGACCAGCUGUCUUCAGAUGUACAGAAGGUUCUUCUGAACAGCCAGAGUGAAUACACCUCAUCUCUUUUUUAUAAAUAUUUACGAAGGAAUGUAGAAAAAACAAGGUUUCAAACGGUUUCCAGUGAAUUCAAGGAACAGCUUCACCAACUUAUGAACAGGAUAAAACAAACGCAACCCCAUUUUAUCAGGUGCAUUAAACCUAAUGCUCACAACGUGCCGGACAUAUUCGAUCGUGUUUCUGUAAAUGAGCAACUCAAGUAUGGAGGAGUGUUACAAGCCAUAAAGGUUAGUCGUUCUGGGUAUCCUAUUCGACUUACACACACAGACUGUGUAAAGGAUUAUUCUAUUUUGCUUAACAAGGAAGGGAAAAAGCUAUUUAAGGAUUAUCAAGCAAAAUCCUGGGCACAGAAGGCCACCUUUGUGUUGAAGCAGCUACACCAAUGUGACGCCAUACAAAACUUAGUUCGCUCAUUAGGGGAAGCGAAGGAACAGAGACAGAAAGAAGAAGCUGCAGUCAGGGGAGGUAUGAACAAAGAUGUUAAUGGUGAUUAUAAAGGUAUAUCUUAUAAUAAUAAUACUUGUAGUGCCCUCAUCUGGGCAGUGGGUAAAUCUCUUUGCUUUUUUAAAAGCGAUGCAUACAAUAUUUUGUCCACCCUAAGAAGUGAUUUCAGAUCCACGCAAGCAAUAGUCAUACAAAAAAAUUACAAAGCGUACCGGCAGAGGAAACUUUUCAUCACGAUGAAGAAGAAGGUAGUGUUGUUGCAGAGGUGGGUCAGACAUAUCCUUUUGGUCAUUCGAAAUGAACGCACAAAGGUACAGCGAGCCACACAACUCAUUUGUCUCCACAUAUAUGGUUAUAGUGUAAGAAAAGCUUUCCUGCACAAGAGAAAAUGUGCCAUCAUUAUACAAGCACACAUAAGAGGGUACUUAACAAGGAAGCAUUACGAGGACUACAAAAUUAAUCACUACGCAAGUGUUAUAAAAGCUACCUGGAAGAUGUACAAGGAGAGGAAAUUAUUUAAUAAUAUGAAACGAGCUGCUCAUAAAAUACAAUACAAGUGGAAGGAAAUUUUAGCAAGGAGACAGUUGAGGAGACUAAAGGAGGAAGCCAAAGAAAUCGGAGCUCUUAUUCAGAGAAACCAAUGCCUAGUGAAGGAAAUUGAAAAUGAAAGAAAAAAAAAAAUGGAAGCUGAAAAUAAAUUGUUAAAAGCGUUUGCUAGUGUGGAAAAGCUAGCCAAAAGAGUCGACAUGCUGGAAAGGAACAACAGGGAAAAUGAAAAUGUGAUUAAGGGCUUGAUGGAGAAGCUGACUCAGGCUAAUACGCCAUCCUCUAGCAGUGAAUUACCUACCGAGUGCACAAGGAUAAGGGUGGCACCUGCCCUACCCCGUAGAGAAGACACUGUGGUAGCCGAGGCAUCAGCUGCAACGUCUGUUACCACCGCGGUACCAGAGGUUGACACACUUCCACGCCCAGACGAUGUAGAAACCCUCCUGACCAAAAUAAACAAAUUGGAGUCAGAAAAUAAGGAAUACUUAAAGAAGCACAACGCACUGAAUGAACGAUACAAUCAGUUGCUAGGGAUUCUGUCUCACUUUAAAAGGAAGGAAGUGUGCGUUGAGUGUGGAGGACAAUCGGCGAAGUUGUUACAGAGGGGGUCAGGUGAGGAGAGACGCGCGAAUGAACAGCAUAGUGAGACUUGCACCGAGCAAUGUGUUGAAAAGAGAGUUGCACGAAGCGGAGACAGGUGCGAUGAACACGUGAAUGUACGAAGAACAACGCACCGCCAAAAGGGAAGGGAUGUGGACAUACUGAUGUGUGGGCCCAAGGGAGUUGGCAAGACAAGUUUACUGGAAGAUCUGUUUGUUAGAAUAGGAGAUGAAAUAAAUCUUAAUUUGUUAAGAAAAAAUAAAAAAAAAAAUACAGAUGAGAGUAAUUCAUUUAUAUACGACACGUAUGUUGUGACACAUAAGUCUUGUUCAGUAAAAAUAUGUGAUUGUAUGUAUAGUUGUAGCAGGAGUGCAGAAGAAGGUCUUUUGAAUUUGAUAAAGAAUUCUGCAUGUAUCGUUGUUGUGUUCGAUUCAAGUAACAGUGAUUCCAUUCAUCCAGCCUUACACCUUCUUCAAGAAGCAGCUUUAACAAAUGUAAAGAGAAGGACUAAACUUUACCUACUAGAAAAUAUAUUCAAUGAAAAAAUAAACAUGAAACAAAACACAUGUGAUGUUUCUUACUCAUUGCGAGUUGCUAAAGCAUGCAGUGCACAUUAUGUUAAGGCACUAGAUAUAUACGAUAUUGUAAAUAAUUUUGUUUGUGGAGCCAAGGCCUACUACUUGUGUUCCCUUCCUGGGCAAACAUACAACAUGCAUAAGAAUGAAGAUGUGAUUCCGUGGCAGCACUCAUCAGAUAAAUAUUAUCACUUGGCUAAAGAAAUGGGAGGAGAAGGUCUCCCUCCAGGUGAAUACAACCAUACAUAUAUACAUACACAGAAAAUGGAGAAUACAGAAAAAUCGUUUAUGGAAAAAUUUUUCCAUAUGAAUCAUUUGAAUAUACUAUCCCCUGAGGAAGAAUUUCCUUCAAAAUAUUUCACACCAAAGAGGGACGAACAAGCGACGCAGCCUAACAAAUACAAUAGUGUGUACUCCAUGGUUAACUCAUUUAAAUCCCUUUGUAAUGUUAAUCAGAAGAAAAAUUCACCUGUACAAUUCCUGAGGGAGUCUAUGCCUUUAAACAGUUAUGUGUAUGGAAGUAAAAAGUAUAGUGUGGAAAUGGGGAAAGGGUUGCAGCCUAUUUAUGAAAUUACCCUCAAGGGGAGUGUUCCUAUCACUUAUUUGCUCAUCGGGCGCGACUCCAUUAACAAGAUGCACACACUGCUCGCCGUGGGGUGCAAGGACGGAGUCAUUUACGUGUACAAGUGUUUGCGCACCCCCCUGGAGAGCGCCCACGGCGGCUACUACUUCUACCAGGCGGGCUCCGUUAGCGGUACUGGCGGUACUGGGGGUACUGGCGCUACUAGCGGGGUUGGCGGCCUUAGCUGUGACCGCGACGACGGGGAGGACAAUGCGAACAUCACGUCCGCCAAGCUCAUGACCAAGCUGUCAGGCCACAAGAAAGCCAUCACAUGUCUCGUCUUCACUUUCACAGAAGAAAAAAUUAUUUCUUCCUCAAUUGACCGCACCAUAAAAAUAUGGGAGGUCAGCACCGGAUUUCUGUUGAAAGUUUUUUCAGACUCUUCUGCUACUCUCUCCGUGUUGUUGCUGCCCACCAAUCUGGACCUGUUCCUUUGUUCCAACUGCACAUCCCUCCUUCGCAUGGUAAACCUAAACACAGGUCACGUGCAUCAAAAAAUUAAACUUGAAAGUGAGAUCAGGACACUCGAGAUGGAUGAUACUGGACUUAAUAUCUUUGCAGGGUCUAAGAAUGGCACCAUAUAUAUAUUGGAAAUAAUACAUAAUGAGCGUGUGGAAAUUCGAUUCAAAUUACUUUUUUCGCUUUCACCCAUAACUUGUAUAAGAUUUGUUCCGAAGCAACCUUUUUUGAGUUCUCCUUUAAUCAUUGUGAACUCGUGUGACAACCAUAUGGGUAUUAUUGAAUGUGUGUAUGGACCCAAGGGAGUGGUCCUCACAAGUCUGUCAGUGAAACAUCGUAUUAGAAUUAAUCACGCGCUGCUACCCAUACGAAACACCUACUCCAAGUUCGGCGGGGGCUGGGUCAUUUCAGGCUCCGAGGAUGGAAACAUUUACAUCUGCUCCCUCUUGCCCCAGUCCAACUACAGGCUCGUCUUUCUCAAACAUCACAAGGCACCCGUCAUGGCCGUGGUCGUAAACGACAUCGACACCCUCAUGGUGUCAGGCGACUCCAAGGGAAACGUGGUCUUCUGGAGGCGCGCUUUCGUGUAG